AUGCUGCCACUUCUUCCCGCCGAGCUGCUUACUUUUCUACUUUUCACUGCUUCAACCCUCGCCGCUCCUGCCGAACAGAAGAAACCCAGCGUUUGGCACUUUGAGAUCGACAACGGUCCUGCCCCUCCGCCAGACUCGCCACUGAGUCCACCUGGCGCUGCUCGAGCAUUUAUCGGUAGAAAGUAUCUCAAGUUUGAGAUUAUCGGUAUCGCUGGCGCAUACCUCGUUUGGCUUGCCAUCACCUUUGUGCUCUUAUUGUCCGUGGGACUGAAGCUACGACGAAGAGCACAGUCGUCCAACGGAACACUCAGCAUGGAGAUGCUCAGAAUCCAGGAGGCCAAUGAGAAGGCGCUGCCUGCGAACCCUGGCCCGCUCAGUCCGGGCAAGAUGGCCAGUUUGAAAUCCUGGGCCACGAGAAGCCACAAGAAAACCCCGAGCAACGUCACAAGCUCCACCAUCGAUACGCGGCUUGUGGCGGAAGACAAGGCGAGAAAUGCAGACGAGAUGGCCAAAUUGUAUGCGCAUGUCAUGGCACAGGAGGAGGCAAGAGAGCGUGGCAGCAGCACCUCGGACAGCUCGCCAUCAAGUCCCUACAACCAGGCUUUCUACACCCAGCCUCAGCGGACAAUGCCUACGCCACCCCUUUCACCGCAAGAGCAAUAUCCACCAGAGCUGCAGCAUUUGCGUCAAGGGAAGCCGCAUCCAUCGGAGUCGCCUUACUACUAUCCUCCACCGCAGCAGGACCGCUCCGAGAACAUCUCUCAGGCAACCACCCGCCUUGGAGAAACGCCUCGCUCUUUUUCUGCCAGACAUGAGCGUGUCGGGUCGAGCAAUUCCAACAAGCUCCGACCCAGCCGUGUCUCAGUGCGAGGAAAGUCCAUUUCUGAGCCCAUUGGCGAUGCGGAUCUCUCUCAGUCCUUUGGUGACAAUGAGGCCACGCCUCUAUCGCCCCGCCUCUACACUCCCGGCCCGGCACCGCCUACACCAGGCCGACAAGCAGCGCAGGGUCUGCCAAUGUCACCACGCCUCUACAAUCCCGGUCCACCUCCACCAGUGCCUAGCUCCCAAGACAGCAAAUCAGCGAACCGACGCAAACAAACUCCAGGUGCACUUUCUCUGGGUGGUUCUAGCGAAGCCAACAGUUCUACCCGCACUCUACCAUUCCGGCAAGUCUACCAAGACGCUCUGAAAUCGGCACCUCCCACCAAGACCACAUUCGUCAACAUUCGAGAGAGUGUCAUGGGAAGACAUCCCAAGACUGGAGUUCCGCAGACGCCUUACAGUCCUUACCAGCCCAUGACGCCAAUGACUCCGGUCACCCCGAGCAGACUGGUCAGCAAAAAGGAAAUGAAGCGCGAGAGGAAGCAGAACCUGCAUGUAUUGAGUGAGGACGACAUGGUGAAAAAUGACGCAGACAUGUGGUCUUGA